AUGAAUUAAGUUUUAAUUCUCUAAAUAAUUGAAGUGCUUGAAUAAUGUCAUAAAGAUAAAUCAAUUAAAACAAGAGAAUGUUGCAUUGAAAUAAUAAAGGAAUUAUUGCAUAAAAUAAGUAUUUUAAUAUCAUUUAAUUUAGCAUCUGAAUUAAAUCAUGAUAACUUAAUAGCAUUAGAAAAACAUUUCAAUUUAGUAACAACUUUAAAUGAACUUGAUUAUAUAAAUGAUGAAGAUAUCUUCUUAAAAUCAAUAGCUAGAGUAAGAAGUUGUUUAUGA